CUGGCAGACACACGAGGAAUUGUGAAGGCUCGAACACAGAAGAUAGACAGGAACAGAAUUGAGGUCGCAUCACCGGUGUGUGGCUACUGUCCCGGCAAGAAGUGCAUCUCACUCUCCACGAACGGACGGCUUCUUCAUUGGGGAAAAAGCGCGCUUCCACUUCCUUUUCCACUUCCGGACCCUAAAGAGAGAUCGACAAGAGGCGCUUCUUUGUCUUCCGGACCUAGCGAGGGUGACGAACAUGCACAUCACUCUCCGUUGUCGUCAUUCCGUGACUGUGUUCCCUAGGGGGACUUCGAAUACUCUUCCAAGUUCUUUUGUGUCUGCAUCCGAUCUGUCAAUUCCGUACAGACGAACGUCACCACCACGCGGCGCGUUGAAAUCAAAGUGCCCUUUCAGUUCUUCGACACGGACCCAGCAGUUUUCGCGAGUCGACUUUCCAGCUGUGUUUCCUCGAGGUCCGCAACUGUGAUGACGGAGCUGCGCAUGCCCGGGGGAGGUUAGAGCAACUCAGUUAAUCUUUUAGCAAAGCUUUCCGCGGUCGCACAAAGUAGCAUACUAUGGCGGGCAGUAGAUAAAGAGGCAUCUGCCUGCUUUACAGCAGCUUGUGUCGGCACAAAUCCGUGAGUUUUUUUCGUGUAUCGCUAUAUCUGCUCGCGACGGUUACUGGAAAGCUUCCCUCGAGGCACGACGACGGCAGAAUGCGGCAGAGAAGCUGCGCUUCAUUCCUCCCCCUGUCCCCACUGCAGCUAACACUGUACGGAACCGAUUUCUUCUCCGCAGGAAGCUGUUCGUUUGCCUCCUUUCUUGCUCGUUUUUCUGUGGGGGAGCAGUUCCUCCCCAACGACAUGUCUUGAGGUCGAUGAUCCGACCUGGACAGUCCUGCUCCGACCUGCGCCUCGUUCGAAACAACCGUCGAGCGUGGCAGUUUUAGGACGCAAACGGCCGAGUGUCCAACAAUGGAGAGCUCGGUUAACAGCAAAGGGUCUUCUGUGCAAACGGGUGGAGGAUCAUGCCAGUUUUUUCAGCUGCGUUUGCUCUGUUGAAACGGCAGCGGAGAGCGGCGGACGACUCGGAGCCCUCGAAACAACUCACAUUCAGGAGUGAAGUAGGUGGAAACCGAAAGGGAUGAGUCAUUCCGUCUGUGCAUGAACAAUGAUGGUUUCUGUAUGUGACGCGUUCGCGUUGUCGUUUUGCGGUCUUCAGUGCCUAAAGGAGAUUUUUCUGGGAGUUCCUGAAGGACGAUGCCGCAGUCCAGCUCGAAGUGCAGGGUAAAUGACAUAGUCUGUGCACCUUGUUCGUCUCUCUGAGCACACAACCGGCAAAAAACUCCCGCGUUGCACGAACAAAAGACUGCAAUUGCGCGACUUUUCAGAAGAGCUGUCUUCCCCAAACAGGCUGCGGCACAUGUCGGCAGCGGUGCUGCUGCUUUACGCAACAGUUUCGCGACUCGCAAAGAGUGUACCUUCUGAAACCGCGUUUUUCUCUUCCACAACUCAGCACCGAUAUCCUCAAAGAGCUUUUUCUACUCAACUCACGGGGGAACGAGCGCGCCGAACGCGAAGGUUUCUCGCCACACCGUUUUCAGCUGUCGAGAGGAGGAGACCUCGCGGUCAUCAACGCUCUCUGCUCUGUGCGUCGUUUUCGACGACCGCAGAAAAUGUCUUAGCGUGCGUUAGCCGCUUUCCCUUCGUUUCUGUCGCUGUGGAGAAACUUCAGGCAACGCGUUCUCGUCCGCGCUCUUCGUUCGGCGUCUCCUGAACUCUCUGGUUCUCCCCCGUCGCCGUUCCCUGUCGAGAAACACCGCGUUCCUCGCCAUCGCAGCCCAGCAACGCGGGGUCUGUGCCGACCUAAAGGCUCCUUCGUCCGUUUUGUCUGCACCCUUGCCUUCUCACGCUGUUUUUCAACGGCGAGACUUUUUUGCUCCGUUCCGAAACCUCGCUGCGUUGCUGUUCCCGGCACACACCAGCGCUUGGAAGACGCGAAACCUGCGAGCGCCAGGUCACUCCCGCGGCGUCCGCGCAGCAGAUCUUUCCGGUUCUUCGUAUGCCGUUUCCUGCCUUCGACUCUGUCGACGCCUGUCUCUCCGUCUUGUUGCUCUCUGCCUUUCGACAGAUGUCUUCUGCAUUCUUCCAGACUUAAAAUGGGCGUUGGAGCUCGCUGGAGCUCUCGAGACCUCUAAGAGCCUUCCCGCACAAAGUCUUUUCUCGUCUUCUCUCUCUUCUCUGUCCAAUAAAGCGGCUCCAGUCUUUCUUGGAGAUUUCACUUUUCCUCCGAGUCUCCUCAGCUCCUUCAGACGCGUUUCGACCCUUUGGAGCUCUUCUCGGACCUACGGUCACCUCUGCUCUCCGUUCUUUCUCUGCCCGAUCAAUUCGUCAGACAUAAGAGACUCAGUCUCCUUCUCUUCCUCUCUCUCCUCUUUCUCUCUCUCCUCUUUCUUCAACUUGCUCUUCCUCUUUCUCUCUCUUGCUGGAUCUCCGUGUUUCUUUCUGCCUCUGUUUUUUCUCUCUGUCUGUCCGCCUCCUCGGCCGCCUCUCUUCCUCUCUCUCGUUCCUUCGUCUUCCUUCCUCCCCCAUUCUCCAGGUUUUCUCAAUGGAUGGACUGGCGCUGGCAGGGCGCUUCCCCGCGUUCGUCGAGCGCGUAUUGUCGGCGGUGGCCUUCGCCGCUUCGGGGCGCUCCGAGGAGGCCCUCGCCGCAGCUGUGCAGGCGAUCGACGAGUGCAGCUCGAGCUACGAGAAAGGCCGCGUCCUCGCGGCUCUCGUGGAGGAGAAGCUGCGCCUCUCGGCGGACGGCCCGGUGAUGCUCGCUGCGAUCGAACUGGUCGCCAUGGCCGUCGGCAACCUCGGCGUGGACUUUGCGCGGUGUCUCGACGAAAAAUUCAUGAGAACCAUGACGAAAAUACUCAAAAUGACGACGCUGAAGAAAUCUCUUUCGAGAGAUGUAAAAUCGAAAAUCAACAAACUUCUCACCGGUUCGCAGAGCUGCAACCCAGGCGUGGCAACAGACCCUCAGCUGCAUAGACUGAAGAGGAAGGUGCUCUACCUUCUCCAGCUUUGGCAUGAUUCUUUCGUGAUGCAGCAAGAGAAGCUCCCGGCCAUCUUCGAGGCGUACCGCAAACUGCGCGCGAAAGGUGUCGAGUUCCCGACGGUAGAUGUGAGCAUGAAAUUCAUGGUCAAAAACGCUGAGGAGUCCCCGGCGUUCGACCCCUCCCUUCGCAUACGCAGGCCAGCGCCUCAUCCUCCCUCUUCUUCCUCUUUCUCAUCUUCUUCGUCUCCAUCUUCUUCCUCUUUCUCAUCUUCUUCGUCUCCAUCUUCGUCCUCUUUCUCAUCUUCUUCUAGGCAGAGUGUCGCGCCCUACAACCAGCCUCCUCCGCCGCCUGCGCUCCUGUCGGCAGACGAAGAGCGUUCUCUCAGGACCGCUCUGCAGUUUCUGGAAACGGCAUCGAGGUCGCCACAGACGGAACAUACGCUGGCCUUCUUGGCCUCGGCGCGCCCGAAGCUCCAGCGCCUCGUCGAAUCUCUCUCGGCAGAUGAUUCCUCCCUCUCUGAAAACUUGCCGCGCGUCUGCAGCCUGCUCAGCCUUGCGGACGCGGUCGACGCUCGUCUAAAAGGUGACAAGAAGAUCUCCGAACAGGACGAAAAAUCCAGAAAAGACGAGAUGACGCACGAAAGGAAGAGAAAAAGCAUCGACGCGUCCCCGCAAAGCCCCCACUCUGUCACCAUCACAAACAGGGGAAGUCAACGACAGAUCCAGCUGAAGUCUUCUUCUUUCUCUUCUUCUUUCUCUUCUUCCUCCUCUUCCUGUUCCUCUCCUUUCGCUUCGGCAUUUGCGUUGCCGCCACCCCCGGGUCCUGCGAGUGCAGGAGCGACGAGCAAUGCGACGUCUCUGUCGAAGUCUGGAGGCGCGCCUAAGAGCUUGGAUCUUCUCGACCUUGAUCCUUCCUCUCCUUUCCAGUCUUCUUCUCAGGCGUCGUCUUCUUCCACUUCUUCUUCCUCUUCUUCUCCUCCCGAAGCGACGCUGGCGGCGUUGAACGAUAUUUUCAGGUCGGUCGCUGGAGACGUGAGAACGCCAGCUCUUCCUGAGCCUUCGUGCUCGGCUUUCGAAAAGAGUGGAUCCUCUCAGGCGCCGUCCUUCGACUCUCUCUUCGCCUCCAACAGUCCGCCUCGGCCUCCGCGCGCCGUGACGGUCGUGCCGUCUUCGCCCGGGGACGCUGCGCAUGCUACGCAGGAAGACGCAGAGACGAACUGUCGAGACACCCGGCGCUUCGAAGCCUUCAACGAGCUUGUCGACGCGCCUUUCUCUGCACCCGUCCUCGCCUUCUCGACGCAUCUCGCGCUGCCCCAGCCUCUGGGGGUCGGGAUCGCGGAAGCGAAGAAGGACGAGGUCAAGGAGGAAAAGAAUGGAGAGACUGAGAGGGAGACAGAGUCGAGCCACCAGCUGGAAUGUGCGAAGGACGGGAUCACGGAAGCGAGUCGAGGGUGUCAAAAAAGAACUCAAGAGAGGAAAGAGAGAGAGAAAAUGGACGGCGAAGAUCACGAGGACUGUCAGGACUCUCCUGCGGCCGUCUUGGGGCCGAGAGAGAAACAUGAGGAGAAGCGAAGCAACGCAUCUCGCCCAAUUUCCUCUCACGUUCAGAGCACAUUCAAAUCUCCUUCGAUGCUCCAGACGCCGUCUUCGGUCUCCCGGCAAGCCUUCGCUUACGGUGCCUCUUGCGCUUCUUCCCUCUCAUCUCCUUCCUCCGAUCCUUUCUCAGCUGCGUUCGCUCCUUCUGAUCCCUUCUGUGUAGCAUCUGUCUCUUCUUCUCUUCCUCCUUCCUCUUCUUCUGCUUCUUCUUCUAUUUCUUCCUCUUCUUGUUCUGCCUCAUGGGGGUUCCUUCCCCCGCCUGAGGAUGCGCCUCGACCGUCCGCAGUACCCCCCCUCUUUCCCCCUCCUCCCUCUUCUUCUGCUUCUUCUACUUCUUCUUCUAUUUCUUCCUCUUCUUGUUCUGCCUCAUGGGGGUUCCUUCCCCCGCCUGAGGAGGCGCAUCGACUGUCCGCAGUCCCCUCCCUCUCUCCCCCUCCUCCCUCUGAUGCCGCUUCCUCUUCUUCUGCUUCCUCUUCUUCUACUUCUUCUAUUUCUUCCUCUUCUUGUUCUGCCUCAUGGGGGUUCCUUCCCCCGCCUGAGGAGGCGCAUCGACCGUCCGCAGCACCGUCCCUCUCUCCCCCUCCUCCCUCUGAUGCCGCUUCCUCUUCUUCUGCUUCCUCUUCUUCUGCUUCUUCCACUUCUUCUUCUAUUUCUUCCUCUUCUUGUUCUGCCUCAUGGGGGUUCCUUCCCCCGCCUGAGGAGGCGCAUCGACUGUCCGCAGUCCCCUCCCUCUCUCCCCCUCCUCCCUCUGAUGCCGCUUCCUCUUCUUCUGCUUCCUCUUCUUCUGCUUCUUCCACUUCUUCUUCUAUUUCUUCCUCUUCUUGUUCUGCCUCAUGGGGGUUCCUUCCCCCGCCUGAGGAGGCGCAUCGACUGUCCGCAGUCCCCUCCCUCUCUCCCCCUCCUCCCUCUGAUGCCGCUUCCUCUUCUUCUGCUUCCUCUUCUUCUACUUCUUCUAUUUCUUCCUCUUCUUGUUCUGCCUCAUGGGGGUUCCUUCCUCCGCCUGAGGAGGCGCCUCGACCGUCCGCAAUACCCCCCCUCUCUCCCCCUCCUCCCUCUGAUGCCGCUUCCUCUUCUUCUGCUUCCUCUUCUUCUACUUCUUCCACUUCUUCUUCUAUUUCUUCCUCUUCUCGUUCUGCCUCAUGGGGGUUCCUUCCCCCGCCUGAGGAGGCGCAUCGACUGUCCGCAGUCCCCUCCCUCUCUCCCCCUCCUCCCUCUGAUGCCGCUUCCUCUUCUUCUGCUUCCUCUUCUUCUGCUUCUUCCACUUCUUCUUCUAUUUCUUCCUCUUCUUGUUCUGCCUCAUGGGGGUUCCUUCCCCCGCCUGAGGAGGCGCAUCGACUGUCCGCAGUCCCCUCCCUCUCUCCCCCUCCUUCCUCUUCUUCUGCUUCCUCUUCUUCUACUUCUUCUAUUUCUUCCUCUUCUUGUUCUGCCUCAUGGGGGUUCCUUCCCCCGCCUGAGGAGGCGCCUCGACCGUCCGCAGUCCCCUCCCUCUCUCCCCCUCCUUCCUCUUCUUCUGCUUCUUCUGCUUCUUCUUCUAUUUCUUCCUCUUCUUGUUCUGCCUCAUGGGGGUUCCUUCCCCCGCCUGAGGAGGCGCCUCGACCGUCCGCAGUCCCCUCCCUCUCUCCCCCUCCUUCCUCUUCUUCUGCUUCCUCUUCGUCUUUUGCGCCGACAUCUGUCGAGGAUGGCGCCAAGGAGGCGCCCUGUGUUGGCAGCGAAGUCAGAGGAGAGGCAGACUUGGCGGUGUCGACUCUUGGGGCGCCUUGCGAAGACGGCAAGGAGUUGAUGCUCUCUUGUGCGAGAGCGAACGACGACCGUCUUCUGCAGGAGACUGGCAGAGCGGCGGAGCUGAUAUUCCCCGCAGAUUCGCAGCUGGCAGAUCAGAGAGAAGUGGAAGGCGUAAAGGAAGAGAGAGAGAAGGCGUUUCCAGACGUCGAGGUGAAUGAAGACUUCAACAGGGCAGGUGUCUCUCCUCCCUUCUCUCCCAGUGAGAGAGGGCAGACCAACGAGAAAUGUGAGGAGGAAGAGCGAGGAAGCGACGAAUCUGUGGCUCACAGAGAGCAAGCGCUUUUGGAAGAACUGGAGCAACAGCUCGACGAGAUCACGCAAAGUUUCACGGUUUUCGACUUCUGAGAUAGAAAGGAGAAAAAGUGGAGAGGAACAGAUCGAGCGUGUGAAACUACCACGAGGGGGAGUAAAGAAGUAAGAAGCACAGGCGUUUUGUAACAGAGAACUGGUGUACAGCAAAUUUGCCAAGCAACGCAGGCGCGAUCUCUCGGACCUCUGUACAGCAGAGGCGCCUUUGUGUCUUCUCUCUGACUUGACCUGUUUCUCCCUGAAAAGUCUCCUGAGGCCGCUGUGUCGCCGACCGCGUCUGUGUCUUUCCUCUUUUUUACCGUUCAUGUUUUUAGGAGACUUCGAACAAGGAGCUUCGGCACAGCAGUCGAAUUCUCUUCGUUCUUUCUCCUUUUGUUCUCUCUGCGCCUUGUUUCCUCUCUACUGUUCGUUCUCGUCUAGCGAGCUUUCUUCUUCCUCUCUCGCAGUGUCAACGUCUCCCUCUGUCGCCAGUCGUUGUCUCUCCACGUUCCUUCCUUGUAUCCGGCGCAGCUGGUGUCACGGGGGAACGGUCUGCCGGAGGAUUUUUCCCUUCUUGUAUUGUUGUGAAAGUCUUUGUUUCCAGGAGGCAGACCCGCGGCAACGCUCUCACUCCACUUCUGACUAAAGCCUUCAUCUUUCGUAUUUUAAACAGAGACGGAUUCUGUUUUUGGAGCGUUCGGGGUUGUUCCCAUGUGUUCCCCACAGCAGAAACAGGAGCUUUCUUGCCACGAAACCUG